AUGGCUGUGUUGACAAGUGUUUUGAGUUAUGCCGGCCUUGGAUUCGCAACAAGAUGCUAUGCAUUGGGUAUUCAACGUCGUAACGUUUUAGAGAAUUUGGGAGGACAUGCUGCUCUAAUGACAGCUUUCGGAGCGGUAGGAUACUACUUCCAUGGAUUAGAAGGACGUCAAAAUCAAUCCAUUCAAGCAAAGAAGGAACAAAUUCUAAAGAAUCGUGAAGCUCUAGCCGCACUACAUCAGACCGAUGGAGAUGGAGAUGAAGAAUAGAUGCGGGAAGAGUAUAUGAUAUAACUCGG